GAGUAAAAACGGUGCUACUUUAUUUCAAAUCACUCAGCGCAUACAGUGGCUCUAGCGAUGCCCAAGUCUCUGGAGUGGAGCUGUCUGCGUGCCUUUCAUCCCGACAGAUCUGCUCUACAGGAGACAGACACCAGCUUCAAUAACUGACUUCUCGAGAGAACAUGGGUCAAGCGAAGCUCACCAAGCCCCUCGCAUUGGCCAACAGAAACGUUUUUAUUCAGCAUUUGGCAAAUGCGACACAUUACUUUCACUCACGCAUCUUUUCCGAUUAUAACGGAUACUUCCGCUGCUCCGUCUGUCUGCGCGCGAAGACGAUGAAUCAACUCUGCAAUGCUGCUUUCGCUGGAUGUACUGUCUCCUCACCACGGACAGGCACGAGCGGGUGAUUUGAACACAGAGCCUUUCCAACGGAGUGCACCAGACGGGUCCCCAAGCCGACAGCCCCCUCAGCGUAUGAGGGACUGGAGACCUGAUUGACCAGAUGGCGUGCAGCACGUGCUACUACCUGGUCAUUAGCUCCACGCACCUGAGCAAUGGACAUUUCCGCCGUGUCAAGGGAGUGUUCCGAGGCCCCCUGUGUCCCGGAGCAGUUCAGUCACCGGAUUGUGCUGAAAGGCGUGUAGGAGCUCCUCUUGAGGAUCCCAAGGCCCACUUCUUCUGUGAGCUGUGUGACAAGCAGUACCUCAGACACCAAGAGUUUGACAACCACAUCAACUCCUAUGACCACGCUCACAAACAGAGGCUGAAGGAACUGCAGCACAGAGAGUUCGCUCGCAACGUGGCCUCCAAGUCGUGGAAGGAUGAACGCAAGCAGGAGCGAGACCUGCAACGCCUGCAUCAACUGGCACAGCUGCGGCAGCAGAAACAGCGAGCCACAGGAUGGGUCUGUUGCCUCAGAGGAACCAGAGGGCUUAGACAUGAGUCCAGUCCUGGGGGUAGCAACCUGACCCACAGCCCUCUUCCCACCCCACCCCAGACCUCCAGUCAGCCCUGUACAAGCCCCACUAAACCCCAGGCACUGGGCCAAUGCUCCCAUCUCCGCCCUCACAUCCACUCCCCUCCCCAACCUACUAAAGCACAAGAUCCCUCAGUUGAAAGACCUCCUGCUGUGAAUCCCCAGUCUUGCCUGGACCUGUCACCUCCGCACUCUCUCUCUGGGUGGGACAGGGAUGGCACCAGGGUGGGGGUCUCCUUCUGCUUCUCCCGGAGGGGGCAGAGGCUGGAACCAUCUGCAUCUGUCUUCUCAGACCAGGAGGAGGAGGAGAAGGUGGGGCAAGGGCAGAGAAAGGCCCGAAUGAAGAUGGAAGAGGAGAAGAUGGAUGAAGAGGUGGGGCAAGGUGCUGAGAUGUCGACACAAACCCUCCUCCCAGAGCAGCGGGGUGAGGGGGAAGAAGGGGAGGAGAGAGAGCGUAGCUUAAUGAGGGACUGUUUGGGGCAGAAAGAAGAGCAGAGCCGAGAACAUCCAGUGUACCGCAGCACUUCAGAAAGCACCUUUAAACACAGGGAUAGAAUAGAGGGAGGCAUCCCCUCAUCCUCUUCCCCCUCCUCUUCCUCCUCCUUGGCCAGAACACGACCACUCUGGCACACACAAGACAGACAGAGGAGGCUAUGGGGGAUGAGGAGAGGAGGCCGAGGGCAGUCUCCAGCCUUGUAUACGUGUGUGCUCGGCAAAGACGGGUCCAGCAGUUUGAGAUGGCCGGUGGAGCUCUUGAAGUUCACCAAGACUCAACCUCCUCUCUCCUACAGCUGCAGACCUCGCUGUCUCUGUUUCCACGGCAACCACAGCGGAGUGUUGAAGGGUCGUCAGAACACACGGAGGAAAGAAGGGCCCAGCUCACACAUGCGCGUAGAGGAAAAGAGCUCUCACACACUUCCUGUGCGGAUAGAGGACAUCAACUCACACACACUUCUGACAGUUACCAAGGAAUUUAACUCGCACACACCAGCUAUGCCAACAGAGAAUAUUUACUCACACUUAAGCCCCAUUCUCACAGUAGACGCGAACUCACACACACCCCUCACGCACACAGACGAGGUGAACUCACACAUACUAACACACACAGACAAAUCUUACUCACACACACUCCUCACACUCAAGUCGAACUCAGGCCUGCGCCCCCCACUUGUCAAGGAUCAGAAGCAGCUCCACGGCAGAGCUGUUCCCCCCCAGACAGAGAACAAAAGGAAGACAGAUAUACAGUCUGCAGAAGCACAUCCCCCCCCCCAGAAACAUCCACCCCCCCAGACACAGCUACCACCCCAGAUGCAUCCGCCCCCCCAGAUACAGCCGCCCUCCAAAACACAGCAAGCCGCCCACAUAGAGAACAGGAGACAAGCUGUGUGGCGUCAGAUCGCAUGCAAGGGACAGAUCAACCCCUUCCCUGACCUCAGUCACGAUGACAGGAAUAACAAAAACUCCCACAAUCCUCUGAGGUGGAGCUCAGGAGGCGAGAGACGGCAGAGGGAGCGAGCUGUAUCUGCCGGCGACCGCAAAUUAGACGAUGUCAGCAGGCCAGCCAUGGAGGGUGUGCAAGCGCGCCAGCCCAGGUAUGUGUGUGGGAGCGACACUUGCCCUGAGCGUGUGUGUUCUCAGCCCGUGGGCGGCUUAAACGCGUUGCCCAGGAACAGAAGUGAUGGUGCAAAGAGACAUCGGCUCAUGGAGAGGAAGAAAGGAGUGGGAGGAGGGACUUCAAACAAGUGUGGAGCGACAGCGUGCAGUCUGAAAAGCGUUGUUGCUACGGUCUCUGGGGAGAAGAGAGGACACACCGGGGCCCGGGUGGGGGGUAGGAGGAGGAUGGAGGAUGAGGGGAAGAUGAAGGUUGGGAGGAGGAGGAGGAGGGAGGAUGAAGGGAACACGAAGACGGGGAGGAGUGUUCGCAGGCCAGCGAGUGGCUGCCUUUCGCACAAGAAGAAACCAACUGCCCCCAAACACAAAUCACCCCCCUUCCCCUCUCCCAUGACGGUUUCCAAAACUACACUGGACUCAAACCUCAACCUUGACCCUGUGAUCCCUGACCCCAGCCCCCCUAGGGCCCCCCUGCAGAAGAGGAGCCUCCCCCUAAUAGACCUCCAUCCCUCCCCCCGCACACCCCUUUUCCCCCUGACCCUGCACCCCCUGCGGCCUCAGACGUACAUAGACAAUGUCUGGCCCUUGAGGUUCCAGCAGAAAGCGCUGUGA